UCCUAAUUGAUCUCCGGAUUCAUUCUCCUUGGCAGGAAAGAAGAAUACAAGCCUUGUCCUUUUGUUAGUCAAAGUAGCCGUGGGCUCCAUGUAGCCAACUCCAAAAGAGCGCCGGACACGCCGCCGGAGUCGCUUCUCGAGGAAAAAUCGUAAAACUUAUUCAACGGCGACCACCGCCACCUUCUUCAACACGUCAAACACGCGUCCUCCCACCAAAUUCUAAUUUCUUCUUCCCCUUUUAAGCCCUCAAUUCCUACUUCCACGUUUUCUAGGGUUUCAAUUCGCCAAUCUCUCUGUCUCCUUUCUCCCAUGGCCGCCUACUCAUGUUUUACAUGUCUCAUCUUCUUCUUCGUGAUUGCCGUUGUGUCACUGGAGGGGAUUUAUGCAUCGCCGGCUUUUGGAUUCGACAUGCACCACCGAUUCUCCGAUCGGGUUCGACAGUGGGCGAAGUCGAUGCCAAGAGACCUUCCGGGCGGCUGGCCGGAGAAGGGAACGGUGGACUACUACGCCGCCCUGGUAGGGCAUGACCGCGGCCGUUCGCUUGGCGAGGAGGCUGCUAAGCUGGCCUUUUCAGAUAGCAACGAGACCUUGAGGAUCAAUUCGCUCGGAUUCUUGCACUACGCUUUCGUUUCACUGGGGAGUCCAAAUGUCACGUUUCUGGUUGCGUUGGAUACGGGGAGCAAUUUGUUUUGGGUGCCCUGUGAUUGCAUGAGUUGUGCGCCGACUACUUCUGAUAGCAACGGUUUGGGUAUGGACUUGAAUAUUUACAGUCCCAGUCUGUCUAAUACGAGCCAAAAUAUUUCUUGCAACAGCUCUUUAUGUGCUUAUCGAAGCCAUAAUGAAUGCCCUGGAGGGGGGGACAUUUGUCCUUACAUGGUUGAAUAUGUUUCUGCUCAGACAUCUUCUUCUGGGUUUUUAGUGAAUGAUAUCUUAUACCUAACCACUGAAGAUAGCAAGCCUGAGAUUGUCAAGGCACCUAUAGUGUUUGGGUGUGGACAGAUUCAGACUGGUUCAUUUUUGGGCGCUGCUGCUCCAAAUGGUCUUUUUGGGCUUGGUAUGGACAAUUUAUCAGUUCCCAGCGUUUUAUCAAGUAGGGGCCUCAUAUCAAAUUCCUUUUCAAUGUGCUUUGGACUUGAUGGUGUUGGGAGGAUUAAUUUUGGAGAUCAAGGAAGCUCAGAUCAGCAGGAAACCCCAUUCAAUGUCAAUCAGAAAAACUCCAUAUAUAAUAUUAGCAUAACUGGAAUUGAGGUUGGUAGUAGCUCCAGUGAUGUAAGCUUUAGUGCUCUGGUUGAUUCGGGAACCUCAUUCACAACUUUGGCAGAUCCUGCUUACACAAAGCUCUCUGAGAAUUUUAAUACGGAGCUUAAAAAAAAAAGAGCAAAUGUUGACUCUAGCAUCCCUUUUGAGUACUGUUAUUACAUAAGUUCUAAUGAAUCUGUGACUCAUUUACCGGUUAUUAAUUUCAACACUCGAGGUGGAAGCAAAUUUCCUGUUAAUUACCCUGUAAUUUUCAUAUCCAAUCAACAGGAGCGUGACUUUAUGUAUUGCUUGGCUCUUGUCAAGAGUAGCAAACUGAAUAUCAUUGGCCAGAAUUUCCUAACUGGUCUUCGUAUUGUGUUUGAUCGUGAGAGAAUGAUACUGGGUUGGAAGAAAUUUAACUGUUACAAUAAUGAGGAUUCCAAUCCCCUGCCAGUGAAGCCAAAAAAUUCUCCAGCUGUUCCUCCGGCAUCUAAUUUGGGACCAAAUGGUUACAAUCCGGAAGCCACAAAGCAGGUUGGAAAUGGUUCUCAGGUGACAGUAUUGUCACCUUCUGACAGCCAUUCUUCAAGCUUUAAUCGCUUUGCAAGCAUUGGGCUUUCAUUAUUUCUGCUUCCUCUGGCUAUUCUUUGAUCAUUCUUUUUCCAGGCCCUUUACACAGGUUAGCUUUUGUGUCUGAUUUUGCCCACCUUUCAAAUCAUACACAGGUUAGUGAGAUAGAGAGGCUUACACCUUGUUGGUGUUCUUGUAAUCUUGUCUCUUUUUUGUUAACUCACUCAUUUCCAAGUUAUUUCAGACUGGCUGUAGAUAUAUAUGCUUUGUAAUAUAUUCUUUAUAGGUUUUGUAUUUCGAUUUGAUAUUUCAAUAAUAUUUUUUGGGGGGUUUGUUUCUGUA